AUGUUCCGUCGCUUGCUUCUGUCUUCGGCCUGCCUGUCGGUGUGUCUCAGCAACCCGAUUGACCCGAUCACAGAGCCACAGCUCGUCAGAUUUAGACCGAGCAUCUCCUAUGCUGUCAAAUGCAUCAUAGGCAACGACUACAGAGUCUUCUUCGGCUCAGAUUCUCGGGAUAGUUCCUUUGAGCUUCUGGCGACGUCAAAUAGGCCGGGCUCUCAUCGCAUACAGGAUUGGUCAUUCGAGGUGCUCAGAAAAGGCCCCUUCAAAGUCGUCGAAGCCGAAAAGGUCUACACGCGCGAUGAGAUGCAUCCAGCUCUUCGCAUCUGGGCUGUCCUGGAAGAUCACCCGAUGAACAGAGGCUACGAUCGCGCUUGUACAGGCGAGCUGGGCACGUACAUGCUGGCCGACUUCAUCCGAGAGACCAUCGAAUUUGACCCCGAUCCAGAUUUCUACAUGGAAUGUCCCCGCAGCAAAGUCGACUGGACGCUCGUGCCUUGGCCGCCAGAGAUCACGACAUGCAAUGAUCAGCUCCAUGCUGAGUGGAUCGACAAGUAUCAUCCGCCGAUAGAGGUCUCCUGA